GCCUGGUUCGAGGCGGGGCGAGCGGAGAGGGCGGCCUCGCCGGCCGGGGAUUUCAUCAUGCUGGGGGCCGGGCCUCGCCGCCUCCGCCGCCGCCCUCCUGCGCUCCAUGCCGUGGCCCCUUAGCGUCCUCCGCGCCGCCUCGCUCGGCCGCCUCAGAAGCAGCAGCAGCAGCAGCACCCGCAGCCUCCUCCUCAGCCCCCUCGCCUCCCUCGGCCUCCAGCCCAGCCCCGCCGGCCGGACCCUGGUCACCAGGCGCCCCAGGUCCCCCUCCGCCGUCCCUGCCGCCUCGCCCUCCCAGUGGACCAGCAACCCCGGCGCCGGCAUGGACGGGCCCGCCGCCGAGGCGCUGCUCGCCCCGCUCAGGCAGGCGGUGCGGCAGCAGGGCGAACUUGUUCGAAAGUUGAAGGAAGAGAAGGCUCCCCAGGUGGAUGUAGACAAAGCAGUAGCUGAACUCAAGGCUCGCAAAAGAAUCCUCGAAGCAAAGGAGCUGGCUUUGCAGCCAAAGGAUGAUAUCGUGGACAGAGCUAAAAUGGAAGAUACUCUGAAGCGAAGGUUUUUCUAUGACCAGGCUUUUUCUAUUUAUGGAGGUGUGAGUGGCCUGUAUGAUUUUGGUCCUGUGGGUUGUGCUUUGAAGAACAACGUAGUUCAUGCCUGGAGGCAGCACUUCAUCCAGGAAGAGCAGAUUCUUGAGAUAGACUGCACCAUGCUCACACCAGAGCCUGUUCUGAAGACCUCCGGCCACGUAGACAAAUUUGCAGACUUCAUGGUGAAGGAUGUGAAAAAUGGGGAAUGUUUUCGAGCCGAUCACCUCCUGAAAGCUCACUUACAGAAGCUGAUGUCGGACAAGAAAUGUACAGCUGAGAAGAAGGCUGAAAUGGAGAAUGUUCUGACACAGUUGGACAACUACGGCCAGGAAGAGCUUGCGGAUCUGUUUGUGAACUACAACGUGAAGUCUCCCAUUACUGGAAAUGACCUCAGUCCUCCGGUGUCCUUCAAUCUUAUGUUCAAGACCUCUAUCGGGCCUGGAGGAAACAUGCCAGGUUACCUGAGACCGGAAACUGCACAGGGGAUCUUCCUGAACUUUAAACGCCUCUUGGAAUUUAACCAAGGCAAACUUCCUUUUGCUGCUGCUCAGAUUGGGAAUUCCUUCCGGAAUGAGAUCUCUCCUCGCUCAGGCCUCAUUAGAGUCAGAGAAUUCACAAUGGCAGAAAUUGAGCAUUUUGUGGAUCCCAGUGAGAAGCACCACCCUAAGUUCCAGAAUGUAGCAGACCUUCACAUCCUCUUGUACUCUUCCAAAGCCCAGACCAGCGGGCAGUCGGCUCAUUCCAUGCGUCUGGGGGAUGCUGUUGAGCAGGGUGUAAUCAAUAACUCGGUGCUCGGUUACUUCAUUGGCCGCAUCUACCUCUACCUUGUCAAAGUCGGCAUCUCUCCAAACAAGCUGCGCUUCCGACAACACAUGGAGAACGAAAUGGCCCACUACGCCUGCGACUGCUGGGAUGCAGAGUCCAAAACAUCCUACGGGUGGAUUGAAAUUGUUGGCUGUGCUGACCGCUCUUGCUACGACCUCUCUUGCCACGCCAGAGCCACCAAAGUUCCUCUCGUAGCUGAAAAGCCUCUGAAGGAACCCAAAACAGCCAACGUCGUUCAGUUCGAAGCAAAUAAGGGAGCCAUUGGCAAGGCUUACAAGAAGGAUGCCAAACUGGUGCUGGAAUACCUUUCCAUCUGCGAUGAGUGCUACAUCAAUGAGAUGGAGAAACUGUUGAACGAAAAAGGGGAAUUUACCUUUGAAACGGAAGGGAAAACUUUUCAACUAACAAAGGACAUGGUCGGCGUGAAGAGGUUUCAGAAAACCUUACAUGUGGAAGAGAUUGUCCCCAAUGUGAUUGAGCCUUCGUUUGGUAUCGGAAGAAUCAUGUACACGAUAUUUGAGCACACGUUCCGCAUCCGGGAGGGAGAUGAGCAACGGACGUACUUCAGUUUCCCUGCCGUGGUGGCGCCGUUCAAGUGCUCUGUCCUUCCUCUGAGCCAAAACCAGGAAUUCAUUCCGUUCGUGAAGGAACUAUCCGAAGCCCUCACAAGAAACGGGGUCUCCCACAAGGUGGACGACUCCUCCGGAUCCAUCGGCCGGCGCUACGCCAGGACGGAUGAGAUCGGCGUGGCUUUUGGGAUCACGAUUGACUUUGACACGGUUAACCGGUCGCCGCACACCGCCACCUUGCGAGACCGCGACUCCAUGCGCCAGAUACGAGCUGAGAUCUCUGAGCUUCCCACCAUAGUUCGGGACCUUGCAAACGGCAACAUAACCUGGGCUGACGUGGAGGCCAAGUAUCCACUCUUCGAGGGACAAGAGACUGGCAAAAAGGAGACAAUAGAGGAAUGAAACAAACUCCCCGGAAACUUAACAAGAAGUCGACUUUUUACUGUUCAUGUUAAUAUGAAAUUUAUCAUGUGUAUUAUUCAAAACAGGGACUGUCUGGUUAUCUCCCCUUCACUUCCAAUUGCUGCCUAAUUUUAACUCCCAGCUCCAAUAAACACAGUUAAAAGACUAAAAAUA